AUGGGCUGCGCCGAGGACCUGGUCGAGCAAGCCGUGGCUGCGGCGCUGUGCAUGACAGAGGAUGGCCACGAGCAGCUACAGAGCGUUUUCGCCAAUCAGCCGCCCUCUCCGACCGCGCAAAGGGCCGCCACAGCGGCCCUCUGCGCGCUGCUGGCAGAGCCCUGGGCCUACGACUACACGCGCCUGCUUCUGACUUCUGAGGCUGCGCGGGCCGCUUCAGAUUUGCGUCGCCUUGCAGGCCUACCAGUGCCGCAGACGAGGUGGCCGUUGGAUGGACUCGCCUGCUGCUCCGUUCGGCAAGCGCGAGAACUCUACGAGCCGGCCCUCGCCGGGAGGGUGAAGUUCUUGUUGGAUUCCUCGGCAGACCCAAAUGGCCUUGCAGCCAGCGCUGGUGCUUGGUGCGGCCCGCCACAGUCGCCAUUGAUGUGCUGUGCCAUCCAUGGAUGGGAGGUUGUCGCCCAGACGCUUUUGCGCGCCCAGGCCGCACCGUCCCAGACCGACCUCUCCAAUGCCACGGCACUGCACUACGCAGCCACCCAUGGAGAGGAGACGAUGUACAACCUACUGCUGGGAGCCGCGGCAGACCCCAACCAAAAAGAUGCUUAUGGUCGCAGUGCCACCGAGCUCCUAGCGACGACAGGUGUGGCUUUGCACUUCUGCCGUGCACGGGGGCUGGGGCAUCCCGCCGGACCACAGGAAUCUGGCAUGCCCAUAAGGCUGCCUGGGGCCUCUUUGUCGGUGAAGAGGUUUGUCGAGGACUUUGUGGCGCUGAAGCGGCCGGCCUUACUGAGGCGUGAGCAUCGAGGCACCGUCGGCGACGACGACGGCAACGGAAAGUCUCUUCCAUGGAGCCGCGAAGACUUAGCCGACGCGGCUGGCGAAGCUCGUGCAAUGGUAAGCGAAAUUCCAUAUGGCGCCGACUUCGGCUUGGACCCCUCGCAGGAGACCCCGACGACGCUGCGAGACUUCCUCCAGGCAACACCUCAACCACCGGCGAAGCGGCAGCGCUGCCGCGAGCAACAGGCAGACCGGGCCUACAGACCAUACUUCUUUGUGGCUGUGGACAAGGAGCUUCAGCCGCAGCUUGCCAGGCUGCUUGAGGCCAAGCUGGGCGUGGCAGUCGGAGGCAGAGUCUCCUGGCCCUUCGGCGAGGUCCAGCCCGCCCAGAGCCUGCCCUUCACGGCCACGACGAUUCAGUUUGCCGUUGGAGGUGAGGGGAGCGGCUCGCCCAUGCACUUUCACCAGGAUGCGCUGAACCUCUGCCUCCGCGGCCGGAAGCGCUGGUGGCUGGUUCCACCCAGCGAGGCGGCAUUCUCGAGGCUCCACCCCCUGGAUGCUCUGGACAUGGGAACGUCAGCCAACUCAGCCAGAGACUGCCUGGAGGGCGCCUGUGUCUUUGAGCAAGAGGAGGGCGACGUCGUCUACGUUCCUGACAUGUGGGGUCAUGCGGUGCUGAACUUGGAGGACCACACUGCCUGCGUUGCAGCUGAAUUCGCCUAG